AUGCUAUACUCCCGGGACUGGCAGAAACCCCUCGCGAUAUUAGUUUACUUGUUUCUUUCUCUUUCCUGCUUGGUCAACGGAAUGUCCAACUUGAAUGAGGAUGUCGGAGCCCAGGCUUUUGCAUUCGAGCUUGGCGGGGUCGAAUUGACCCAAGACCGCUUCCUGGACAACCAGGGUCGUACCCUUAGAUAUUUGAAAGAGAUAGACGUCGACAGACUACUUUAUGUCUUCCGGAUGACCCACGGAGUAUCUACACAGCAGGCAACACCGAACGGUGGUUGGGAUGCUCCGGAUUUCCCGUUCCGUUCGCAUGUUCAGGGUCAUUUCCUCAGUGCCUGGGCGCAAUGCUAUGCUGUACUCCGCGACCAAACAUGUUAUGAUCGAGCGAUCUACUUUGCUGCUGAACUGGAAAAAUGUCAGGCCAACAACAAGGCUGUGGGUUUCACGGACGGAUAUUUAUCUGGCUUUCCAGAAUCGGACUUCGCAAAACUCGAGAAUGGUACCCUAAAAAAUGGCAAUGUCCCGUAUUAUGCGGUGCACAAGACUCUUGCAGGGCUUUUGGAUAUCUGGCGCUUGACAAACGACACUACCUCUCGAGAUGUUUUACUAUCCCUAGCCGGGUGGGUCGACAAACGCACCGAAUCAUUCAGUUACGAUGCAAUGCAGAAGUUGUUACAAACGGAGUUUGGCGGUAUGAACGACGUGAUGGCUGAUCUCUACCAUCAAACUGGUAAUAAGAGGUGGCUUACUGUUGCCCAACGCUUUGAUCAUGCGGUUAUAUUCGACCCGCUUGCCAAUAACAAAGAUGAGUUCGACGGUCUACAUGCAAACACGCAAGUACCAAAGUGGAUUGGGGCAGCUCGUCAAUACAAAGCCACAGGAGAAUCUCGCUACCUAGAUAUUGCCCGCAACGCCUGGGAUAUCAAUGUCAAAUCACACACGUACGCCAUCGGCGGUAACAGUCAAGCCGAGCACUUCCAUGCGCCAAAUGCCAUCGCCGCUUAUCUUGACAACGAUACAUGUGAAGCAUGCAACUCCUAUAACAUGCUCAAGCUGACCCGCGAACUGUGGCUUCUUGAUUCCGAGAACUCAAAAUACUUUGAUUUCUACGAAAAUGCCUUACUCAACCACCUGCUGGGCCAACAGGACCCUGCUGAUCAGCAUGGUCACAUCACUUACUUUACGCCUCUCAACGCUGGAGGUCGCCGCGGUGUUGGUCCCGCCUGGGGUGGCGGUACUUGGAGUACAGACUACGACUCAUUCUGGUGCUGUCAAGGUACGGCACUCGAAACAAACACCAAGUUGAUGGAUUCUAUCUACUUCUACAAUGACUCGACGUUGUUUAUCAACUUAUUCAUGUCUUCCGUUCUGAAAUGGCGGGAGAUGGGCAUUACCCUGAAACAAUCUACGGCUUACCCAGUCGGCGAUACAUCAAAACUGGAAGUGUCUGGUAGCGGUGACUGGACGAUGAAUGUCCGCAUUCCUGCAUGGGCAUCAAGCGCAGAGCUGACGCUGAAUGGAGAAGCUUUGCCGAAUGUAAAAGCUAAGCCUGGCACAUACGCUCAAAUCUCACGCAAAUGGGCCGACGGGGAUAUCGUCGAGGUCCGCUUUCCUAUGAGUUUGCGUACAGUAGCUGCAAAUGACGAUUCAAGUAUGGUUGCAAUUGCAUAUGGGCCAACUGUCUUGUGUGGCAAUUACGGCAAUCAAACACCGAGUACUACUCCUACUCUCGCCCUUGACUCUAUCAGACGCUCUGAGGAUUCUAACCUUGGCUUUACCUCCACCGCCGAUGGCAAAAGUGUUACACUGGGUGCGUUUUAUGAUGCUCAGGGAUAUAAUUAUAACGUAUACUGGACUACCACAGGAAGCCUCCAGUAA